AUGCCGCAACUUUACAACAAUUGGAAAUCUACCUUCAACCAGCGUCAGGCCGCGGCACCACGCUCCCAAAAAUCGAAGACCUCAUCUUCUCCCUUCGCCGUGAAGUGAGAUCGAUGGGCGAACACCCCAUUAACGGCGCCACACCAGCAUACAUCGUGUCUCCCCAGCACUCUCAAAACCGAUCCAAUGCGAGGUCUCAGCGACCGAACGAAGCCUCCAGCCCCUGCCCCGUAUGCGACGAAGGCAAACACUGGGCUGAUCAAUGCCCUGACACCGACCGUCGCCGCAAGUACUUCGAGCUCAAGUCGGCACUUCGAGACUUAAAACUCCAGAAGUCGACCACCUCCCCCUCAAACCACGAAAAUGUCUCAUCCUUCGUAGCCAUCCCCGCCCCGGCACCUUACGUGACGGCGCCGCCUUCGUCCCAAGAACACGACGACUUCUUCAUGUCGUUACACACCACAACUCCAAAUGCCACUCAACAGACAGACUUCCUCCUUGAUUCAGCCUCGCCUUUCCACAUCGUCAACGACCGUUCCCUGUUUUCAGGCCAACUCAAGCCCUCUUCUCAUCACAUCGUAGGCAUCGGUGGCCAGACGGCCGUCAAAGGCACUGGCUCAGUCGAACUCCGCACUGAUCGGGGAGUUUUGGUCAAACUCAACGUCCACUUCGCGCCCAAUGCUCCCGCCAACAUCGUUUCCGUCUUCCAAAUGGGUUCCAAAGGCGUCCGCACGUCUUUCACCAGAGGUCGAGCCGAACUCAGCACCGUCCAAUCAGGUAUCUUCGCAACGGCUACAGCCACGACGUCUAACCACUAUCGUCUCAAUGUGACCCUUGCGACAGCUGGCAAACUCACCGUCCAAAAAUGGCACGCGUCCCAAUCACCGCCACGCUCCAGCCGACUCAGUUCCUUCAUCGCCUUUUCUCAACCAUCAAAGUCAACCCCACCCCGCACCCGCACAGACUGGACCACCCCUAAUCGCUUUCGACUCUUGCCUACCGAUGUCUCGGCUUGACUGGCAUGGAAGCACGGGGGGGUGUCAGAACCCAAUCAUACUGAUUCUCUUCUAAUUCUAUUUACUUCUCAUGCCACUAUUCCACUCCUACUUUGCACUCCUUCUUUAGCCUAUUACCCUCUACGCCGGAUCCCAGCGCCUGAUCGAGACUCGGUUGACACGUUGGCUUGGGUUGAAGUCGCGCGCCUCGCGGGCACUCGUCUCUCUUCCUUCUUCAUCCAUCUUCCAUCCUCGAUCUUGCGCUCGUACUCAACCCCUUGAGUCGGGAUCCAGUCCUCCAUACUUCUCACAGGUUAUGAGCCCAACGAGCUACCAGCUGCUCCCUGGAUCCCGACUCAAGGGGUUGCGUACGAGCGCAAGAUCGAGGAUGGAAGAUGGAUGA